AGGUAGAAGCUGAUUGCGUGACUCACGCCGCCAUGCCCACGAAUAUAUCCAGCUACAUGGGCUCGAGUGGCAUUCACAAUGUAAAGUACGCUUUCGGAGGACAUGAGGAUCAGCGGUUCAAAAGGUACGCUGUGAAGCAAAGCCCAUGCAAUGCUGCGCACAGUAUGAUCACCGGGACCGUGCACUGGCAAGCUGACACGAAAACUCUUUGCGGAUCGAGACACCGAAACUACAUUUAAUGCGCCCUUGGUACCGAUAGCAAGUGCCCCAGACCACGCGUGAACCAUUUCCAUCCAGUCAUUCUUCAAGUUAUUAUCGUCCAGAUGCCCUUGCCACAAAGUACUGAGAGAAUCUUCGACCCACGGAAACAAAGCUGAGGAUGAUGCGCCACCUGUCUGAAGAUCUAUUAGCACUGGCGAUCAUGAUGUUUGUCAAGCAAAGAUCCACACGCUAAGCUGUCCGAUGAGUGUGAAAGGAUGAAGACGAGAGCGAUCCCGAAACCACGGUUCCUGUGUUACCUCAGAGUCCAUC